AAAAUAUCUAAAAUUUACACAAGUUUGAAAGCGGUUCAAUCGACAAACUGCAACCCCAUUCCCCAAGAAACUGCAUUGAAAAUGUCUCAGGCAAUCGUCUGCAAAUCAAUAAAUUAAACGACUAUCGGAUAUUUUUAGAAAUUCUUAGGGGAUGUAAACACAAUGUGACUGAUGUAAAUUUUGUAAUUGUUAAUUCCAUUGUGCCUUCCUUGUACUACUCAUCCAUUUCACCCACACACACACAUACCCUCUUCCCAUUUCAUAUCUCUUGCAUGUAUGUCGCUGUCAUCUGUGCAACCAGUGUCGUGGAACGCGAAUUAAAUGUUCCCUUGCCUCUAUCCAAGAUUAUCAAAAAAUGGAACAAUCUCUUGCAGGAAUACAAGGCUAUUAAAAUGUCUGAAGAACCCAAACGUCGUGAGUGGCCUUUCUUCACGCUCAUGGAUGUGUAUUUCAGUGAUCAGGUUAAUGAUCCCUCGCUGAGACUUUUCUCCUCCACCAAAACCCUUAAGGAGACCAUUGAUGACAGUGUCUUUGAGGACGAUCCCAUUAUAGCUUCGGCCAUUGCUGCUGCCACCUCGGGAGCUUAUAUGAACAUAGAUGAGCUAAUACGCCGCCAAAAAGAAAGAGCGGCCAAUGAGAAGAAGUUUGCUGCAAUGAGCGAUUACAAAUAUGACAUUAAGCCCAUGUUGUCGAACAACAAGUUCAACAGUAGCGAGGCUAUAAAGCUCUCCAAGAGUGUGGAUGAUUUGAGCAUGCAACAAUACAAGAUCAAGGAUGAGCUCAUGAGGCAACGCGAACAAGAGGCCCAGGAGAAUUUGGCCAAAUUAAAGCAGCAGGCACGUCAGCAUCAUCAACAGCAGCAGCAGGCGGCUGCCCAACAACAGGCUGCUCAGCAGCAACGUUUCAUACAACAACAUCAACAAGCUGCCGCUGCAGCAGCAGCUCAGCAUCAGGCUGCCCAGCAACAUCAUGGUCAUUUAAUGCCACAGGCGGCACCCACACCACCGCCUCCGCCGACUCCCUCGAGCCUGCAUGCAGCCUUGCAACAACAACAGCAAAAUAUGUUGCACCAUCAUCAACAGCAGCAACAACAACAGCAGCAGCAACAACAACAACAGCAUCAGCAACAACAACAACAACAACAGCAGCAACAACAACUGCAACAGGAGCAGCAACGGCGCCGAGAGCAACAAAUGCAUCAUGCCUCGCCCCAUUCCACACCGCAGACAUCACCCACCCAACACCAUCACACUCCCCAUCAGCACUCGCGUCAGGCCUCGCCACCCACUCCAUCGCCCUCUACUCCGACAACAGCUCAACAGAUUCACUUGCAAACGGCCCAGCAUCAGGCAGCCCAACAACAUUUGCAGCAACAAAAACAUUCCCAGCAACCAUUCACCGAUCCCAAUACAAUCGAUCAGUACCUGCUGUCAUGGAACAAUUUCCACGGCAAUAUGUGUCGCGGUUUCCACUCCUUGCAAAAGGAUGAGAAAAUGGUAGAUGUCACCAUAGCUGCUGGUGGCAAAAUCUUUAAGGCUCACAAAUUGGUAUUGUCCGUUUGCAGUCCAUACUUUCAGCAAAUAUUUCUCGAGAAUCCAUCCAGUCAUCCCAUACUGCUGAUGGCCGAUGUCGAAGCCAGUCACAUGGCUGGCCUGUUGGAUUUUAUGUACAGUGGCCAGGUCAAUGUCAAAUAUGAAGAUUUGCCGGUAUUCCUUAAGGUGGCAGAAGCUAUGAAAAUCAAAGGUUUGCACACAGAGAAAAACAUGGAUGAUGACAACAAGGACUGCAGCUCGACCAACGACAAUGAUUCCACAACUGAAUGCCACUUCGAACGCGGUACACAUAGUGUCAAUAUAACCGGACAAGGCUUUGAACCACGCAAAUCUCUACUCGACUCACACACCUUAAAUGGCAUUACCAGUCUCAACAAUGGACGCGACUCACCCCAGCAAUCAUUCUCCAGUUUCCGUGAUCACAUCAAAUCCAAGGCUUCUCUCGCAGAGACCUUCAUGAAGAAUAUGAGUCGCAACAACAAUAACACCAUUACCACCAACUACAAUCAUGUGCCGGCGAGCAUCAACAGCGUGGUGGAGCCACUCAACAAGGACAAUUUCAAUCUUCUGCAAGCCAGCAGCAAGAAACUCAUGGACUCGGCACGAAAACAUCACAAAUAUUUGGCCAAACGCAAGAUUCUAAUGCACUACAAUGACGAAUUGAAUGAGAAACGCCUUAAGGAAUACGAACGCUAUGGCAUGGAUGCACAUGAGACCAACAACAACAACAAUGCAGAAAUAUCCAUUUCAGAGGCCCCUGCCGUACCGGUGACCCAGACCCACAACAAUUUCAAAAUACGUCUCAUGGAGAACCACUUGAAGGCCAAUCAGGAACAACAGCAGAAACAACACGAAAUGGAACAGAAUAGCAAUCACCAACCCCGGACUAAUGCCACCGCCUCCAACGAUGAUGAGGAAGAAGCCUUGAACUUAGUGCAAAACAAUACCCAUGAGCAGUAUCACAAGGGCGGCAGCGAUACCAAUCGGACAAGUGAAUCCAGCGACAGUGUAAUGGAGACGGAACAUCUAGAUGUGGAUCAGACUUCGGAAUCGGAUGUGGCCAGUACCACCAACGUUGAGGUGGGAUCACAAAUGCGCGAUGAGGAUGAUAUAAACAACAAUAAUACGGCCAAGCAGGAGAUCAUGGAAUUGGAUGACAACAACAACAGUAAUAUGAAGAACAUCGCUUUGAUCAAUGCCAUCAAUCGCAAUACGGAACACAGCAAAACACAUGACUAUUCCAGACACAAUAACUUGGCGGCAGCCGAUGGAACGGAACAGAGAAACACGCCCCCGGAAAGCCAGACACAAUCGCAAGCACACGCGGAAACACAGCAGCAGCCACAUCAUCACCAUCACCACCACCACGAGAGCGAAGAGGACAACAACAACAAUCAUCUGCAAAUGGAUUUAAGCACGGUGAAGAGCAUAGCAACAGCAGAGAUAUUGUGUGGUCUCAAGAGCAAGGUUUUCAAAAUGGAGGCAAUCGAUGCGAGUGAUGCCGCGGCCACAGCGGCACUUGAGCGACAGCAGACCAACCGCGCUCUAAGUGAGAUAAAGAAUGCCGAUUGAGCGCCAGGGCUAUAGAAAGAGAGGCCUCACUCGUUCACCGGCUCGAUCGAGAUUAAGAUCAACGAAGAGAUGGUAAAAAUUGAGAACGUUUGUUCUGCUGGCGAAUGUCGAAGGCGCCUAUACCGCCGCUCUCCAGGCAUCAAACGUGGCUUUGUUUAUUUUGUGCAUUUGUUUUUUAUGAUUAUUGAUUUUUUUAUUGAAAAUAUUUCUCUAUUAUUAUUACUUGAAUAAUCGUAGUUAUUUAUUGUUUACAUUUAAAUACCCUAGCUGUAGAACCUGACCUAGUUAUAGAACAAAACACAACAAAACAAAAUAUUGACGAGACACCAAUUUGAACAAAACUUAGGAAUUUUGAACAAAUACGAAAAACAUGAUCUUUUAAGCUAAACAAACAAAACACCCCAAAUGCAGCGUCGUCUCCAGCAAAUAGAGGAAACAUUCAGAAUUAUUAGAAUACAACUAUGAGUAGAAUUAAAGUUAUUUAUUCAUUUUGUUUUUAUUUUUAAAAUACAUACGGAAACACAAUAUCACUUAAA